AAUGUAACAGUAUUAUUUUUUCUUUUGGAAGCUGCAUUUAAGUCCAUUUGGAAAAAUCUGAAGGGGCACAUGGUUUGAAGGCGUGACGCAGUUCUUUUCGCCUUUUAUUUAGCAGUGGACUCAUCACCAUUAAACCAGACCUGUUCACUUGAUUCUUUAGCUUAAAGUAGGCAUAAUCAGGAAUAUGCUGUGGUGUUUUCUUCUGUUAUGGAUCUUACCGCGUUGUACAGACUCCUUUUCCGUCACAGUACCAUCCGGUCCUGUCCUCGUGGUCCGGGGAGCAAUGGCUUUUCUUUCCUGCGAAUUCAAGCCAGACUCUAACAUCUCCAAUCUUGUGAUCACCUGGCAGCGGGAAGAAGAUGCACAAGUGGUCCACAGCUUCUACUACCAGAAGGACCAGCUCGAUCGACAAAGCCCAGAUUAUUUCAACCGUACAAAGUUAAACCACAAUGAACUUGCUAAAGGAAAUGCAUCUCUGAGUAUAUCGAAUUUUGGACUGAAGGAUGCAGGGAAGUACUUGUGCACAGUGAGCAAUGCCAAGGGAACUGGUAAAGGAGUGUUAGAACUGGUUUACGCGGCCUUCUUUUCCGAGCCAAGGUUAAGCAUCCAUCUCAGAUCCUCCGAUGUGACGGUUCAAUAUGAGAUGGAGGGCUACCCGAGGCCAGAGGUCAUGUGGCUGGGGUCGGGGGGUCAGAAUCUCUCUGACCACCAGGAGGUCUCGUCUGCAUCAGAUGGAGGGCUGUACUACUUAAAAAGCUGCUACAUAACCCAGAAUCCAGUGUUCAAUAUCACGUUUACUCUAAAAAACCCUACUGCACAUCAGGAGCUACAGAGGCAUGUUAUCCUCAGCUAUGAUGGGAAUAUAAGCUCCAGAACAUCGGUUGUGGCUCUGUCUAUAUUGUGUACUUUCUUCAUGUGUUCUACAGGCCUUAUGUUAUGGUUAUACUGCCGUGACAAGCAGAGAUGACUUCAUGUUUCUGGACUCAUCAAAAACUGGAAAUUCAUAUACUUGUGCUGAGCACUAACAACUACAACCAGAGUGGGCUUUUAUUCUUCUAUUUAAAGUCGUUAUGCUGCUCAACUAGACUUUAUGUAAACAAGAUUUGGUAGCGAAAUACAAAAAACCAUUAAAGUUGAAGUGUGUGAUUUUUGUUGCAAUUCUAAACCAUUUAUUUAGCUUACAGUCCCAAAACCUUCACUAGCGAUUGUGAAGUACAACCUAAAAAAGGACAAUUUCAGGCUUUUUAGCCUUUAUUAAAAGGACCAAGAAUAGUAUAAUAAGAAAUGUUUACAAUAAAAUAUAUUUAGCUAAACUCACAGCUACUAAAGAUGUCUCUAAAGUGAUUACAAUAUCUAGCAAUAACUGAACACUAGCUCAACCCAUUUCAUGAGUUUCAGGCAGGACUAUCAGUCAUCAUCAUCAUUAGCUCUGGACUAACAGAAAUGACACACUUCAGCUUUAAAACUAACAGGUCAAAUUUAAAAACACUGACUAUACUUAAGUUUAAGACAAAUUACUGAAAGUCAUUGUAGCUGCUGAUGUCAGAAGGUUUUACAGUAUCACUGGAAAGGUUUACUUUCACCGUAACAUUAAAAUUAACAGGAUAUAAUGAGACUGAAAUAUGUGUAAUGUUUAAGUAAAAAAAACUAAACAGUAUUUUGGGUCAAUAAUAAUUCUUUUGAGUUAUAUGUGAGUUUCUAGAUCUCAAAAUGAAAGUAUUUUUAAUAUCAUUAUUAAUCACAAAAAUCAGUCAAAAAUAUAUAGCAUUUUACCCGUCACCCAUAUAACACUCCACAGUUUACAGAAAUGACAUCUCUCACAUGUCCAUUCCAACUAGAAGUAUCUUUAAAAAUCAUGUCUGUUAAAAAGAGGUGUUUAAUCAGUUGUGAAUUUAAAUAUCGAUGAUGACGAAGAUCUCUGGCUUUUCUGUAUCAUGUACCUGCAUAGCAGAGUAGGUAAUUGCUUUCACUUCUGUACCCUGCAAAACAAGAGAAUAAAAGCAUUAAAGUCUUUGGAA